AUGACUGACAUUGGCAAUAUUCAGCCCAUGCAAAAAGCUUCCUAUAAGAAAUGUGCUUUUUCAACAAUCUGCUGCAGUUACUAUCGAUUGCAACUGUUUAAAAUAAACAGCAAUAAUUGCUACAAUCUGUUUAAUUUUCUUCCUGCAAGCAUGUUCGAUAGCAUCCCAGGAUAUGAGGGAAUAGUGGACGGAGGAGGUGGUGGGUAUCAUCCACCUCCAAUGCCAUAUGCACCAAUGCCUGUGCCCGAACCUGCCAACCAACCACAGUGGAAAAACGAGAUUCCUUCUAUCUCAGAGGAAAGAGCUCACAAAGCUUUCGAAGAAUAUGUCUCGAACAAAUGCUGCUACAGAUCUGGCCCGGUCAGAGAAGGAAUUAUGACCAACAUGGAAACCUUUAAUACCUACAGAUACCGUUUGGAAACUUUCAUAGAAUCCAGAUCUACUAAAUGGUGUCAGGAGCCUUUCACAGGGCAGCGUGUGGAUGCUGGUAUUCAACCUGCUCCAGGACCAUGGGAGAUUGCUGUCCAACCUCCAGUUUUCUUUACAAAGCACAAGCAGGACGUUAGAGUUCCCUUUACCUCCUCAGUCAAGAACUGUAAUUCGUGCCAAGGAAUGGGAAGUAACCCAUGUUCCUCUUGUGCUGGAGCUAGAAAUAAAGUAUGCUCGGUGUGUAACGGCUCUCGUCAUCGUUCUGAUAACGAGUCCUGCAAUACCUGUGACUACAAUGGACGUGAAAAGUGUAGUUCUUGUGGAGGCAGCGGCUCUCACAAGUGUAAAACCUGUGAGGGAAAGAGACAGCUGCUUGUCUUUAUCAAUCUCAUUGUUAAAUGGAGCACAGAGAAAGAUGAUUAUGUAGGACAACAGUCGAGUGGUUUGAAAGAUCACAAUCUUGAGAGUGUUUCAGGGAAGGAGCUCUUCAAAGAUGCCCAGUACAUGCUAUUCCCAUUGCAUGGUUUCCCUGAUGUUGCAGUUGCACAAGCAUCUGAGCGUUUAAUAAGAGACCAUCAGAAGAAAUAUGGCAAUACCUCCCGCAUAUUACAACAGAGGCAGACAAUAGAGCUCAUACCCAUAACCAGAGUAAACUACACAUGGAAAGAGAAUUCUUAUGUUUACUUUGUGUAUGGAAAUGAGUUUGACGUGAACGCUGAUGACUACCCCACCACCUGCUGCUGUUCUGUGAUGUAACUCUGACAAACGUCAUCAU